GCAACUUUUUCAUUGAUCCAUGUGGACAAAGGUACGAUAACUAAUGGGUACUACAGAAUCUACUUAUUUUUUGUGUGUGAAAUUAUGAUACCGUUGUAUACACGUAGAUGGCAAAAAAAGAAAAAUAUGCCAGGCAAAAUACCGACAUAGGUGGGGGGAUAUGGAGCAGACAAAUUCGUCCCGCACUUCCAUCCGCGCUUGAGCCGUUGUGGAAGCUUUCAUUUUAGUUUCGUUGGUCAAUAUACACCUUACCUGGACUUCCACACAGCGACAUCUAUUGCCUAGAUUUUGUACAACCAACGUUUUGGCAGUUGCGUUUGAAGUCACACCCCACGUUUCUCCUACCCAUUACACCUUCUCUCCCCUCUCUCUUUCAAGUUGAGGUUUCUCUGGGGUUUUCUUUCUGGAUUAUCAUAAUCCCAUCUGUUAUAAAUCUCGUGCCAUUUCACCCUCCUUCCGUUUCUUUCAAUUCCAUUUAUACCCAAGAACCGCCUUUUAUCAGGGGUGAAUUCCUCUUCUAGAUUAGUCUGUGUGAGUAAAACGGCAAAUUUCUCAGUUUUAUAGCAGAAAGAUCCGAUCUUUAACCCUCCAGCCCCGUUCUUGCAUCGAAAUUCGUCAUUUGAAAACGGGAGAAAUGGUUAGGUUUUGGGCGUCUGUGAUUUUAUUAGUUAUAGCAGUGAUGAUUGGUGGGGAUGGUGGUGGUGGGGUUGAAGGGUUGGGGGUGAACUGGGGGACGAUGGCCACCCACAAGCUGCCGCCCAAGAAGGUGGUUCAGAUGCUGAAAGACAAUGGGAUUCAGAAGGUCAAACUAUUUGAUGCAGAUAGCUCGACGAUGAAUGCUCUUGCAGGGUCUGGCAUUGAAGUAAUGGUUGCCAUACCUAAUGACCAGCUUCUUUCCAUGAAUGAUUAUGACAGGGCUACGAAAUGGGUGAAGCGUAAUAUCACACGUUACACCUUCAAAGGAGGCGUCAACAUAACAUAUGUUGCUGUUGGUAAUGAGCCUUUCCUUACUUCAUACAACAACUCCUUCCUUAACACAACCUUUCCGGCACUUCAAAAUAUUCAAACUGCUCUAAACAAGGCCGGGUAUGAGGGCACCAUUAAGGCUACCGUACCCUUAAAUGCUGAUGUGUAUAACUCUCCUGCAGACAACCCUGUACCUUCAGCCGGCAGGUUUCGGAAAGAUAUUAAUCCACAGAUGAGCCAGAUUGUUGAAUUCUUGAACCAGAACCAAGCACCCUUCACUGUGAACAUAUACCCCUUCUUAAGUCUCUAUGCAAAUCCCGACUUCCCAGUCGACUAUGCUUUCUUUGAUGGGGGCACACCGGUACUCGAUAAUGGGAUCCAAUACACCAAUGUAUUUGAUGCCAACUUUGACACGCUGGUUUCGGCCCUAAAGGCAGCCGGGUAUGGUGACAUGCAAAUUUUGGUCGGAGAAGUGGGGUGGCCCACCGAAGGUAACAUUAAUGCGAAUGUCAAUUUAGCCUACAGAUUCUAUAAAGGACUUUUACAAAGACUGGCAGCUAGUAAAGGAACGCCCCUUCGGCCUGGGUACAUAGAGGUGUACUUGUUUGGGCUCAUUGACGAGGAUGCUAAGAGCAUUGCUCCGGGUGACUUUGAGCGCCACUGGGGAAUAUUCCGGUACGACGGGCAGCCGAAGUUCGCGAUGGACCUUUUUGGUCAAGGACAGGAGAAACUUCUCGUGGGCGCACAAGAUGUGAAGUACCUCAAAAGUAAAUGGUGCAGCUUAAAGUCGGAUGCCAAGGAUUUGAGCAAACUCGCCGAAAAUAUCAACUAUGCUUGCACGUUUUCGGAUUGCACGGCGCUUGGUUAUGGAUCUUCGUGCAAUGGGUUGGACGCGAAUGGGAAUGCAUCCUAUGCAUUUAAUAUGUACUUCCAGGUGCAGAACCAAGAAGAGGAUAGCUGCAAUUUUCAAGGUCUAGCAGUGGUGACUGACAGUAACAUAUCUCAAUCGAAUUGUAACUUUACCAUCCAGAUAGCCACUUCUUUCUCACCUGACAUGUUGCCGGGGAGCUUUGUGCUUAUAGCUGGCUUUGCAUUGUUAGGGUUGUUCUGAUCUCUUGUGUAGAUAUUUUCUUAGCUGUUCUAUUUUUUAUGGUCAUUUUAUUUGAUACUGCUGGGUAGAUAAUGUUUCUGUGAGACGCUACAAGCCCUGUUGAUGAUUUAAUAAAUGUUCUGUUUCUUUUCUCUUCUAGUUUAGGCAUAAU